CGGCUCCAGGCCGCUGCCGACCUCCUUGGCGCGGCCGCGUCGCCCAGCGGGAUGGGCGGCGAGGCGGGGUCCGCGGCGGCCGUGGGCUCCGAGGGCCGAGUGAAGAGCUUGGGUCUGGUGUUCGAGGACGAGCGCAAGGUCUGCUACUCGAGCGGCGAGACGGUGGCGGGGCACGUGCUGCUGGAGGCCGCCGAGCCGGUGGCCCUGAGCGCGCUGCGUCUGGAGGCCCACGGCCGCGCCACUGCUGCCUGGGGCCCGAGCGCUGGCACCGCAGCCUCGGCCGCCCUCUCCGAGGUGGAGUACCUGAACGUGCGCCUGAGCCUGCGCGAGCCCCCGGCCGGUGAAAGCAUCCUGUUAUUACAGCCUGGAAAACAUGAAUUUCCCUUUAGCUUUCAACUUCCAUCUGAACCUUUGGUAACCUCAUUCACUGGGAAAUAUGGAAGUAUUCAGUACUGUGUGAGAGCAGUUUUGGAACGACCCAAGGUACCUGAUCAGAGUGUGAAGCGGGAACUCCAGGUUGUAAGUCACAUCGAUGUCAACACACCAGCAUUAUUAACCCCUGUAUUGAAAACUCAAGAGAAAAUGGUUGGCUGUUGGAUUUUCACUUCUGGUCCAGUCUCACUGAGUGCCAAAAUUGAAAGGAAGGGAUACUGUAAUGGAGAAGCUAUUCCAAUCUAUGCAGAAAUAGAGAAUUGUUCCUCUCGUUUAAUUGUUCCUAAAGCUGCCAUUUUCCAAACCCAGACGUAUUUGGCUAGUGGGAAAAUAAAGACCAUCCGGCACAUGGUUGCCAAUGUGCGAGGCAACCACAUUGCUUCUGGGAGCACCGACAUAUGGAAUGGGAAGACUCUAAAAAUUCCACCUGUUACUCCCUCCAUCCUGGAUUGCUGCAUUAUCAGAGUGGACUAUUCCUUAGCUGUGUAUAUUCACAUUCCUGGUGCUAAAAAAUUGAUGCUCGAGUUGCCCUUAGUGAUUGGUACAAUUCCAUAUAACGGUUUUGGCAGCAGAAACUCCAGCGUUGCCAGCCAGUUCAGUAUGGAUAUGAGCUGGUUGACACUGACUCUGCCAGAACAGCCUGAAGCACCACCAAAUUACGCAGACGUGGUGUCAGAGGAAGAAUUCUCUAGACACGUCCCUCCUUACCCUCAGCCUCCUAACUGUGGGGAAGAAGCAUGCUGUCCCAUGUUUGCCUCCUGCAUGCAGGAGUUCCGGUUUCAGCCUCCACCUCUUUAUUCAGAGGUUGAUCCACAUCCUAGUGAUGUAGAAGAGACCCAGCCUGUUUCCUUCAUUCUCUAAACAUAUUUCGGAAAUCACUGUGUUCAUCUUCAAAUUGGAAUGUUGGUUCUUUCCCCCUGCCUUUUGGGGGAAGGAAGCGGGAUGAUUAACUUAAGAACAUAAAUGAACCUCAAGACCAAAGGUGAUAGAAAUUAAAGAACAUGGGAACUUUCCAGUGGGCCAAAAGGAUUGUUGCACAUGUUUAUGAUAUGGCCAUAUGUCCCCUUUAAAUAAUGGGAUGAAGAUGUGAAAAGUCACAGAAUGUAAUGGAAGUCCUGAUGGUGAUAGAGUAAGUGAAGUAGUAUGGGGUGCCUGCGCUGACGCAAGAGAGAGGGAUCUGUGUAAAUAGUGGAAACACUAUGGGAGUAUACCUUUAAAAAGAUUUUUCAGAGUGGAACGAAAGUAUCUUAAGCUUAAGGCAGUACAGACUCGGGAAGAGACUUGAUUUUCGAGAAUGUAGCAGCACAAGUGUGUGCAUGAAUAGGAAAGUGGCCUACUCCGAAUACGAAGUGAGACCCUCAGGUGUCAGGGUCUGCAUGAUUUCUCACCAUAUUCCAUAGGACUGAAGUCCUUGAAAGAAUCCUUUCCCGAGAUCAUGGUCUUAUAAGGUCCUAAUGAAGUAAUACAGUUUUCACUCUUCCAGUAGUAGUAUAAAAUGUAGUUUAUAAAUUGGCUAUACAGCAUUAUGAAACCAAGAAAGAGUCCCUUGAAAGACUUGUCAGUUCAAAGCGGAAAGAUGAAUUUCAAUAUGAAAACACAUGUUGAAAGCUGUAAUUUUUACUCCCUUUAAGUACUGUACCAGGAUAAAUGUUUGAUUUUCCUCAUGUUUUAUUUACCUAGGAGCAUAUUAGAAAAAGAAGGGGAUAAGAAAAAGGUUGCAUCCUCAGGAUGCCUUGAUAACUACACAGAAAAAAACAACAAAAAAAAGCUUUUUCUUAGCCUACCUCUAGUGGGGUUAUCUGAUAUGUUUUACAACUCUAAGCCUGAUAAGUCUUCUUGGGAAUUUCUGCUAAUUUGUAGUACAGUCUUAUCUCACCUGUCACUAGAUGAAACUGAACUAAGGGAACAGUCUGUAAGGUUAGCAUUAGAUGGAAGUUAAUGUAUUGUAUGUGAAAGGGUAUUUCAAAAUAGAUGCAAAAUCAGAAGCGGCUAGAAAUACCAUUUUAAAAAAAGACAUAAACUUAAUUCCUAUUAUCAAGAGACUUAAGUUUACUGAUGGCUUUCACCGCAUUAUACAUUGUUAUUCCAAUUCUUUAGUAAUUCUAUUUAAACUGUGAUUUUGUUUAUUGUUUUGGUGAAAUAUUUUAUUAUCUUUUAACCUCAGGAUAUUCAGACCAACAGGAUUGUGUUGCUGCUAAAAGUCUGAGCAGUGUUUUUACUGUCCCCCUCUCCCCUCUAUUCAUGGUCACAGGUUCACUUGCUUUUCCUUUAAUCUGUUGGUUUCCUGAGCUGAGAGCAUUUCUGGACACUAAGUGGAAGGGAGGUAGGGAGUCCCACAAUAGAGAUUUUGGACCAGCUGAGUACUUUGGUUUUCUCCAUGUUCUAAGGGUUUGAUCUAGAAACCCUGGUGCUUCCAAUACUGUACUUCAUUCAACAGAACGAUUAAUUUUUCUUUCAAUCAGUAUAUUCAGUUAGAAAUAGAAAAGUUCUUCUAAGGUUAAAUUUUGUAUUUAAAAAUUAGUUGGCCAUUUGAUCAGGGAUUUUUCUACAAACAUUAGGUAAAUGUAUGCUUUUCCCCCUUCUGGACGUACCUUUCUUCUCUGUAAUCAUGUAAGCAUCGUAAGCAUUUCUUUUGUUGUAAGCCACUGUUUAAAAUCGCAGUGCAAAACUUAGACCAAUAAUUGUGGUACUGAAAUUGUCACAAAACGUUACUCCCUGCUUUGGUUUUUUAUUUUGCUUUGUUUUUUAUGUGUUUUUAGAUAGGUGUGUGUAUUUAAGUGCUGUCUACACAGUUUUAUUUUUACUUUAAAAAAGAUCAUCUUCAACUCUUUCUUGACUUCUAAGUCAUAGUUUACAUGCCGUGUCAAGACGUAGUCCAUCUCCGUGAUACUGAAACAAAUGAUAUGGAGGGAGAGAAGCUUUCAUUAUUUGGCUCCGUGUGGAAAGGCAACUACUUAAUGGAAUCCUUCCCUGGGAUUGUUUUACCACCUGUAUUAGAGAAAUCAUGAAGUGCACCCACAGAAGUGAAGGAAAGCUGCUUUUGUAGCAUAUAAGAGAAUAGCUAAAAAGUAUGAUUUGCCUUGAAUUGAUAUUGGUGUAUCUGACCUUAAACAGUCAGAUAUGAAACUGCAUACCUUUUUAUAAUCAAGAAAUGAUUUUAUGAAUGUAGAAAAUUCUACAUUGGAACAGAGAAUACUUGAAAAUGAAGAUAAAAAUUUAGCUGCUGUAUUUGCUUGUAUAUUCCCCUCUUGUUUAGUUUGCAAAGAAACCGUGGCCUUAGAAUUUUCUUUUUGAUGCAAAAAGUUUGAAAUUGAAAAUGUGCAGCUUUUGGCACAUGAAAUCCUUCCAUGGGCAGAACUUUACUUAUGUUUUUGUUUUGCACAAUAAGAAAUUCAAUAGGCAGGGGUUAUGUUUUUGAUAAGUUAACUAUGAAAACUUUUUUAUUUUUGUUAUUAAGAAUGUAACAAUUUAACCCACAGGGAAAAAAAAUAUUGUAUUUUGUACUCUUGUUUGAACCCUAUGGGUUCCUUUUGUUAAUAAAAUGAUUACACUGAU